AGAAGUAUGAAUGCCCUGACGUCUGCAGAAGCCGUAUCACCAUAAAUGCUGCAAGGCCAAUGCAAACGGUGGAAUGACCAUGCAGCGCCUUUAAGAACAGCUAACAGUCGUUAACAGGCGCUAUUGUGUCGUAUAGGUGGAUACUGUAGAAUACACCUAUGCCUGACAGGAGGUAUCCGUUACCGCGUCAGCCAACUGGAACAUUAUACCGGUUGUCAGGAUCACGUUCCUUUAUCGAAUUAUUUAUUUAUCUCUCUCACACACACUUUCUCUCUCCAGUGUCUCGCUCUCUUUCGCUUUAGGUACGUACCUCUCCUCAUCAGCUUGCCAAGCGCGCGAGAGCUGUGCGUAAAAAAGUAGCGCUGGGUGUCUGUCGCCGCUUAUUGAAUUACAUCACGCUUCGGAGUUCCUCUCCGGGAGCACGAGCUCAAACAGCCCCGUCCCUUCAUCCUCUUUGUCCCCACUUAAGCCAACGUCCACAGAGCAACGCCGACUUUGAGAGGAAGUUUCACCGCCAGUAUUGGCGUCGCCAAACGAUUGAGGAUUGUCGGCGGAGGCGAAACGGAGUAAAACAUUCUUCCUAAAAAAACAGAAACGGGUAAAACCUUCAAGCUGAAUUCGUCCGGCCUACUGACUAUGCCCCGGAGUCCCAUGUGAGGAUGAGAUGGCCCAGAGUUGUUCUGACUACUCAGAGGACUCCGCCUCUGACAGCUCCCGUGAGGAGACCAUCUACGAGACCAUAAGAGCCACCGCCGAGCCGGCCCCCAGACACAUGGACGACAUACACACUCACUCCCUGGUCGUCCGCAUCGUCAUCCCCGACCUGCAGCAGACAAAAUGUAUGCGGUUCAACCCCAACGCAACCGUGUGGGUUGCCAAGCAGAGGAUCCUGUGCACGUUGAACCAGAGUCUGAAGGACGUGUUGAACUACGGCCUCUUCCAGCCCGCCAUGAACGGACGAGACGGGAAGUUCCUGGAUGAAGAACGCCUCCUACUGGAAUACCCACAGCCAAUCAGCAAAGGAGUUCCAUCUCUGGAGUUCCGCUACAAGAGCCGAGUCUACAGGCAGCCCCAUGUGGAAGAGAAGCAGAUUGCCAAACUUCACACCAAGGCCAACUUGAGAAAGUUUAUGGACCUCAUCCAGCACCAUCAGGUGGAGAAAGUAUCUAGGCUGCUGGAGAGAGGGCUGGACCCCAACUACCAGGAUACAGAGACUGGUGAGACCCCCCUGACGUUUGCGGCCCACCUGGAUAACGUGGUGGAGAUCAUAAAGGUUCUGAAGAAUGGAGGGGCCCACCUGGACUUCAGGGCCAAAGACGGCAUGACGGCCCUACACAAAGCUGCUAGGUCCAAGAACCAGGUUACUCUGAUGACCCUGUUGGAGCUUGGUUUGUCUCCAGACUAUAAGGACAGUCGGGGUCUGACGGCGCUCUACCACACAGCCAUGGUGGGAGGAGACCCGUUGUGCUGUGAGUUGCUGCUACAUGAACACGCCACCGUCUGCUGCCAAGACGAAAACGGCUGGCACGAAGUCCACCAGGCUUGUCGGAAUGGCUUUGUCCAGCACCUGGAGCAUCUGCUGUUCUACGGGGCGGACAUGAGCGCACAGAACGCCUCAGGGAACACAGCGCUGCACAUUUGUGCUCUCUACAAUCAGGAUAACUGUGCCAGGGUGCUGCUGGUCCGUGGAGCCGACAAAGCGGUGAAGAACUACAACAGCCAGAGUCCCUUCCAGGUGGCCAUCAUCGCGGGGAACUUUGAACUGGCCGAACUGGUCAAGAACCACAAAGAGACAGAUAUAGUGCCUUUCCACGAGGUCCCGGAAUACUCCAAGCGGCGUCGGGCCCUUCCCCCUACCAGCAGCAGCGGUAGCUCCCUGGCGGCCCCCCGGGUCCUGCUGCGCUCCAACAGUGACAACAACCUCACGGUGAGCCAGGGCCCCCCCCAGGACUGGUCCCAGCCCCAGGGACACCCCCAGCACCACGGACCCCAACACGGAGGGGUCGGACCCCCCACCUCCACCUCCCACCAUAUCCUCUCUCCACAGCUGCUCCAGCAGAUGCAGGGGAACCCCAAUGGCACUGUGAGCACCAUGGGCCAGGGGUCCCGCAGUACCAGCGUGGGGGUGGUCCCCCGGAGUCGGUCCCCGUCCCUCAACCGGCUGGGAGAGGAGGCCCGCAGGCCGCACCCGCAGACACAUGUACAGACACAGCAGACGCAGCACAGACAGCCCAGUAGUAAUAUGGAGGUGGUGGUCCAGCGGAGGAAGCUGUACAGUGCUGUGCCAGGGAGGCACUUUGUGGUGGUCCACGCCUACCAUCCACAGGCCGAGGGAGAGAUCACCCUCUACAAGAACGACAGAGUUAAAGUUCUGAGCAUCGGAGAGGGGGGGUUCUGGGAAGGCAGUGCCCGGGGCCAGGUGGGCUGGUUUCCUGCGGAGUGCGUGGAGGAGAUUCCUGCCAAGCCCAGCGAGGAGAGGAUGCACACAAGGGCUGACCGCUCGGACAGGAGGAAACUCUUCCGACACUACACUGUGGGGUCCUACGAUAGCUUUGACGCUUCCAGCGACUGCGUGGUCGAGGAGAAGACGGUGGUCUUGACCAAGAAGGAGAAUGAAGGCUUCGGCUUCGUGCUGCGAGGGGCCAAAGCGGACACGCCCAUCGAGGAGUUUACUCCCACCCCUGCCUUCCCAGCCCUCCAAUAUCUGGAGUCGGUGGAUGAGGGAGGAGUGGCCUGGCAGGCGGGGCUUAGGACCGGGGACUUCCUCAUUGAGGUCAACCAGGAGAAUGUGGUGAAGGUGGGCCACAGGCAGGUGGUCAACAUGAUCCGUCAUGCAGGGAACAGCCUCAUCAUCAAAGUGGUAACGGUCAGCAGGAAUAUGGACCCUGAGGACACCGCACGCAAAAAAGCCCCCCCACCGCCAAAGAGAGCCCCCACCACAGCCCUGUCUAUGCGCUCCAAGUCUAUGACCUCUGAAUUGGAAGAACUAGAUAAAGUGGACGAGGUGUCACCUUCCCCGAAUGCCGUGGACGUGAAGGUGGCCACCAUUAAGCCACGCCCCUCCAGCCGCUGUUUGGUCACGCCUACUGACAUGAAUUCCAUGUACGACCGCCAGGGUGGUGUGGCAGUGCUACCACCCACCAUGCCAGGCAGUCCUAGAGGGGGGGCAUUCCUGGGAAUACUUGCCAAGGGUGGCACCAUGAGGAGACAGAAGUCCAUAGGUAUAACAGAAGAGGAGAAGACGCUCCUCACCCCUCCCCCACUCAAGUUCACCCGCAGCCUCUCCAUGCCCGACACGUCCGAGGACAUCCCUCCUCCCCCGGCCAUCUCUCCCCCGUCUCCCCCCUCCUCCUACAACUCUCCAUCCAUCUCCCCCACGCCAAGGGGCUUAGGCACCACCCGACCGGGCCUCACCCUCAAUUCUGCUGGAAAAUGUUCCAACACCACUAUCCUUGGCAACCGCAUGGUAGAUGUAGGGACACUAAGGCGAGGUUAUCACCGCCAGAGCUCAGAACAGUACGAUAGUAGAAGCCGAGGACGGGCACCCGUGCCCGAGAACCCGUACUCGGAGGUGGGCAACAAGGCGCUGUACGUGCCUGCCAAGCCGGCGAGGAGGAAGGGCAUGCUGGUCAAGCAGCCCAAUGUGGAGGACAGCCCAGAGAAGACCUGCUGUGCCCCGCCCUCAGACACCAUUUCCAUGCCGACCACACCCACUGAGAGGACCUUCUCGUCCAUUCCCAUCCCCACCAUCAUCGUCAAGGAGCCGUCCACCAGUAGCAGUGGAAAGAGCAGCCAGGGCAGCAGUAUUGAGAUCGAGCCCACCACGCCCGAACACCCACCCUUAACGCCCGGGGCAGGGGGCAGGGGGCUGAGGCCUGAAGACCCCAUUGUCAACAAUCCCUUUGCGGCUGCCAUCGCAGGGGCAGUGAGGGACCGGGAGAAGAGGCUGGAGGCGCGGAGGAACUCGCCCGGCUUCCUCUCCACCGACAUGGGGGAUGAGGACUUGGGAGACCCGGCCCAGUGCCUACGCCAGUCCAAGUCUAUCGAUGAGGGGAUGUUCAGCAAUGACGAGCACCUGCAGAGGAUAAUGGCUCCCCCGCCGGCCGCCAACCUGCUGCAAGAAGGGGGUGAUCGUGGGGGUAACGUGACAGACUUCAACACCCCUGAGCCCACCCAGGUGGUGAGGGAGCCCCUGACCGCGCGUACCGGCCAGUACCCCAACCUGGACAGCCCCGUCAGUCUCCCGGCCACUCCGCCCAAGACCUACAGCUCCAACGGAGGAAGGGACUACCUGCACCCCGUCACAGGUAAGGCCCUGGACCCUAACUCGCCCCUCGCCCUGGCGCUGGCGGCCCGGGACAGAGCCAUGAAGGAGCAGACACAACCCCAGUCCCUCCCUCCCAACCCCCACAAACCUGGCCUCAAUCAGCCCCUCUUCAUCGAUACCAAGCUCCGCUCCAACACCGAGACAAGCUUCGCUACCUCCACGACAACCCUGGGGCGAGGCAGAGGGGUAGGUCUGAGGAGGCAGAUGACGGAGCAGAAGUACAAGUCGGAUGGAGUGAGGGAGGAGAGGCAGCAGGCGGAGCAGGAUGCCGGGCUGCUGAUGGUGCACACCAAAAACAGCCCAGAGGGGGAAGACAGGGGGCAGGAGAACACACCAGCCCAGGACAACAGUAUCCCCAGUGAACUGAGAGACCCCAACCAGCCAAACCCCCCCACCAACAGCCACAGUACCAUGCCCCUGCCCCCUGUGCCGCGGGGGAAGAGCAUCACGGCUGGGGGGUCGGUGGACGAGCCAGUCAAGCUGCCCUUCCGCAUGCCCCCUUCCCCGCUGGCCUCGGUGGACAUCGAGGAGGUGGAGGAGUUUGUCUUCUCCGAGCCCUUGCCACCGCCACUGGAGUUCGCCAACAGCAUCGACAUCCCUGAGGACCAGGCAACGGCCAUCGCUGAGUUGCUCAAGCAACGGAACCAAGAGAGACGCAACGGGAUGGGGGACAGGGGGCCAAAUCCACCCCCAUACUACACCCACGGCCCACCCCCUGUCGGCCAGUUCCGACGGGGAAGCGGGAUGUCCAAUUGCGUGCCCCCACCCUCCUAUCCCCCUCCGACCCCUGACGGUGGCUUUAAGCAAGGUGUCACUGACUCAGGCAUCGAGGAGGUAGACAGUCGCAGCAGUGGAGACCCCCAUAUGGAGACUACCAGCACAAUUUCCACAGUUUCCAGCAUCUCUAUACUGUCGUCGGAGGGCGGGUACAACAGCGCCCUGGAGAACACUUCCAUGGUCUAUACUGAUGGCCAGGCUUACCUCGAUGACCGACCCCCCGUUCCCCCCAAGCCCAAAAACAAGCCCAUCAUCAACAAGAACACUGCACUUUACCACGACGUCCUCAUGGAGGAAUCCCUGGACUCCUUCGGGGUGCCCCCUCCUGUCCCUCCUCCUCCACCCGGGUCCAUGUCCCCCCCGGACCUCCCCAGGACCCCCUCCCAUCGGUCGUCCAAGCUGUGGGGCGAGCCCCCGGAGCUAAGGAGCCCGCCCACGUCUGACCCUAAGGCCACAGUUAUCAAUGAGUUGAGCUCCAUCUUAUCACAGAUGUACCGGCCCAAACAGGGGGACUCCUUCGACUCACCCACCACAGGGGCCAGGGGCGGCUUUGGAACUAGCUCUCCAGCCUCAGGAAGCCAGCGGAACUCCAGCGUGUCCUUCAGCCUGCCCCCCUCCUCCUGCACCCCUCCUUCCAGCCUGCCCCCUCACCUCUGCAGCCCCCCGGACACCUCGAACCUCUCCUCGCCCCCCUGCCCCUCCUCUUUACCCCACUCUGCCUCGGCCAGCCUCAGCGACCUCUUCGGCCUGCCCACCCCACCCAUGGGGAGUGCGAGUGGCUUCGGCAACAUGGGUGGUAGCCUUGGUGGAGGGUCCUCGUGCGGUGGCUCGCGCUCCCCCUCACCACUCACCCUAAUGCAGGCCGUAGCCACCUCAGGCAAGCCCUUCGCCUCCAAGCCCGUGGAGCUGUGGAGCAAGCUGGACGUGGCCGACUGGCUGGACAGUCUGAAUUUGUCGGAGCAUAAAGACGCCUUCCUGGACAACGAGAUCGAGGGCGCCCACCUGCCCUCGCUGCAGAAAGAGGAUCUGAUUGACCUGGGGGUGACGAGGGUGGGCCACCGCAUGAACAUCGAGAGGGCCCUCAAAAUGCUGCAGGACAGAUAAAGCCAGGGGGUGUGGAUUUAUCUGAAACACUCUCUCUCCUACCUGUUCUCCUUUUCUGUCUGGGACGAUUUAGGACUCGGCCUCUGACUCCUCCCUUCCUGCCUCGACUCUGUGGUGUGUUUGUGUUUGACCAUUCCCAUUCUGCUUCCCGAGUAUCAAGGGAUGUCGGAAUCCUGGAGAAACUACAUCAAUCCAGAAUGGAGAAAAAGUGGGAAAAAUCCUGCAUCUUUUUAGGGAUGCUCAUGUCACCACACUUUGGAAUAUUCUUGAAACGUAGCCCUCAAACACUUUGAAAUACUGAUAGAAAUCCAACCUGGACAUUUUUGGAAUACUAAAGACUACAACUCCCAAUUUGCUUUGGAAUACUCAAUACUUUUUCAAGCUCCCACCGUGCGGGUGUUUGGAACCAGCUGAGCUGGUUGGCGCUCCUUUUCUAUCUUUGCUAGAGUUUCUUCAGAGAAUAUUUCUUCACUAGAGUCAAACCGUGGGUUAUGUUUAUGGAUGCAUCUGACGUUGUAGAGACAUUUGAAAAACAUUAGAAACGAGAACCUUUGCAGAAAUGUUUAGCUUAAUCCUAAACCAUAUCACUCGUUGCAAGCAAAUACACACACACACACACACACACACACACACACACACACACACACACACACACACACACACACACACACACACACACACACACACACACACACACACACACACACACACAGAUAUCCGGCGAUGGCCUUCUCCUGAGAGAGAGAAACAUACUGAUGUGUUAGUCUUUUCUAAUGCAUGGCUGGAGGGGCUCUACUGUAGCAGGCACCACUGUCCCCUUCACAUCCCUGUUCACUGUGGAAGGUGUGUGUAUUUGCGUUUUGUCAGAGACAUGUUUGUGAGGCGUGUGUGCGCACACUGUGGGAGGUUUGUUAAAUGGGUUUUAGAAAGACAUGAGUGAGAGUGUAAGGUCUAGAUUCAAUCAAAUCAAGCGUUAAGCGGUGCUAGCCGACACCCACAUAGCUGAUGUUUUGGCAGUGUCGGAAGUGUAACUGUGUUAGAGCUGUCAAAUCGGUGAUCAUUGUCACAAAGCCACACCCAUUCCUUUUGUGUUGUAAGUUCAAAAAGAGAAAGUGUAUGCUAUAUAGAAAUAAUAUAGCAUACAAUAAUAUGCUCAAAUUGAAAAUCAUGAAACAAAAUAAUGAGGAUUUCUAUCAGCCUAAUCAAGGUGUAGACUGCAUCUCACAUUCUGGUGUUCGAACUUGUAAACAGGGCUGCGUGGGAUUUCUCUUAAUGCGACUCCAUGCCGCCAAUGGCAAUGUCUGUUUUAGGAGCCGCUUGUGGAUUUGACAGCUCUAACACAGUUCCACCUCCGACACUGCCAAAACAACCCUACGCUGGUGUGGAUCUGAUAGAAUCUAGCCCUAAGUGUUGGCGUCAUGUGUGUUUUCAUUGUCUUCCACACAAUUGACAGUGACCUGGACAGGAGUGGAAUGCCAGACCCCUACUCCCUAUCCCCGAACCAACCAACCUCCCUUCAGGCCUAUGACAGAAAUAAUCCACCUAUCACAACAACAAUUUUCCUGCCAUAAUAUCACCAUCUCUCUCCAGCCAUCUUUAAUCAUGUCUAAUCACUGAGUGAUUCCUUUCACAGAUCAAACAUUGUUUUUAUAUUAAUACCAGUGUGUGCUGUUGUGUUAUAGGUGAGGGUUAAAAAAAAAUAGUUGACACAAUGAUUCUCGGCGGGUAUUUGAAGACAACCAUUUAAAGGAUGAGUGCAAAACGGGUGUUACUUUGUGAUCUGGGUUAACAUAGGACAGUGUGCUUGACCUUGUGCUUGUUUUUAGACAGCUAACCUAUACUGUUCAUUGCAGGGGCCAAGAAUACUAUGAAUAAUAUUAAUUCACUCAAAUCUGCUACCCAGACAUUCACACAAUCACCGAAGAGGAUUUAAAAAAGAUUUAUAGGAACGUUUACAAAGUUUGUGUAUAAUCAGUGUUUGCAUUGCCGAUGAAUCACAAAAUGUAAUUAUUAACAAGAAGAGGUGUUAAUCCUAACUGCUGUUUCCAGAGGGAAGAAAAGAGGUGUGACACAGCAGCACCGACUGAGCAGCUAUUAGAGGGGUAUGGUUUGAUCCAGCCAAUAAAGGCUUUCGAGGAUGCAUUUGGUCCCUGUUCAUUUGAGAAUGAGAGGGAGAGUCCUCCAUAACACUUUACAUAAGCCUGCAGGUAUAAACCUUUUAUAAGGCUUGCUUAUAAAAAGUUAUAAAGUAUUAUUACUACAGGCUUCAAGUAAAAUGUUACUGAGUCCUUUUCUCAACACCAGUGAUGAGCUCUCACACCAAUGAGCAGGUAGAACAAGAUUAUCUUCCAAUCAAAGCUCCAAUCUGACAGCCAAUCAAUAGUUUCCAUCCUUUUUCAUGAAACACCAUUAUGUCAAUGUUAAUAUGAGAACUGCUGAUAGGUCACUACCCAGGAAGUGUUUGAUGGCAUUGAUUUUAAGUAAAUUGAAUAUAUUUAUUGUUUUGAAUGUGUAUUAAGGAAUGAUUUAAAGAAAAGAGUACAUCUAUAGAAUAAUUAUAUGUAUAAUAUUUCUAAAAGGUUCAGAGAGAGAAUUUCUAUGAAAGACUAUGGCCAUUGCAUCCACCCUCAGAACUUAUUUUCUUGUCACUAUCCCUGUUUUAUGUUUGGAUAGUGCCUCAAAUAGCUCAUUAUUCUCUACAUAGUGCCCCAUUUCUGGCCUCUCUGCCUCUGAACUAGAUUAGAACUACCCCAGAAUGGACUGCAAAGAGAAGUGUGGAUGCCAUGUAUGCCACUGUACCCAGAUUACCUAUAUAUUAUAACAUAUCACUAAAAAGUGAACAGUAUUUUGUGGUCAUUCGAGACAUAUCCAUGAUUCUAUCAGUUCACAGUGAUGUUCUAUGAACAUAACCAUGAUUGUUUGGAUUGUGUGCAAUUUAGGGGCUCCUGUUGGACAAAAAAAAUCUACCUUGGUGAGAUUCCUUUUUCUCUCUCCUGGUCCCUGUGUGCAACUGUAUGAUGAUGAAGGGAAGACAAAGGGAUGAUAAAAAAGAGGACUUGCAGGAGUUAUAACGCUGCUAUAAUCCAUUCAUUAUUUUAAAAGACUCAACAAAAGUGACAUAGAAAAAAGCACAGUAUUUUUUAUGAUUUAUAUAGAAUUAUAUGGAAUUUUAUAAAAGACAUUUGGAGAAAAAUAUUCAACUCUGAAGUGUGGUUUGCCAAAAAGUGAAGAAAAAAACCAAGAACUAUAUUAUAUAUAAAUAUAUAUUAAUAGAAAUUAAUAUUAUCAGAUUUAUGAGGAAACUAAGAAGCAAUAUUUAUACUGAAUGGAUAUCCUUGGUGGUGUUUUUUCCCAGUUUUAAGAUGAACUAUCAUUAUAUAUUAUCACCUGUUGAUGUUAUGAACACUGAUAGAUGAAGUGGACAGAAGACAUUUGUCCAAUCAAAAUAUAUUUUAUAUACUAUCCUCUGGCCAUCACCUGCCUAUCUUGAAUAUUGUAAUUUUUGACAAUUCCAAUCGCUUAGUCUGUAUAAAAUGUGUGUAUAAAUGACUGAAACGCUUUACAUUUAUACAUAUCCUCACAGUCCACUGGAUCGAAAACUGUCCCGAUGACACUUUUAUGCUCAACUUAUAUAGAAAUGUACAAAAAAAGAUUCGUUGUGACUGUUGAUUUCAUGGAGAAAAAAACAACAUAUCACUAAGCUAAUUUAUAUGUGGAAUCGUAGAACUGAGUAGUAGUAUUAAGAUGCUAUACAAAUCAUCACUGUGUGACUAUAAGGCUAUGCUACAUAAGGACUGGCAUGGCUCACUAUCCCCCCUACCAUCACAACACAGUUCUUCACUUACCCAUCGGCAACUAUUUGGAUACUUUUGCUAUUUUCUCUUCUUCUUUAUUUUCUCUUCUCUUCUUUUAUUUUUCAUUCUACAUAAAUACCAAGACGUUUCCGUCUCUUUUGUGUAUAUUUGUGUUCAUGUUCUCUAUGUUGUAAUUCCUCAUACGUAGAGUCGACUAUCUAAUUAUCAAUAUGAAUAAGAAAGAGAAGUUUCUUGUAACUGCACUCUUCCUUCCCCCCAAAUCCUCAAUACUUCUUGUAUGGCAACCAAAAGUUACUGUAAGAAAUAAAUAUAAUAUUGCACUAUG